AUGGCCAAUAAUGCGAGACUGAAGGAAGCUCUUGAAUGCGAGAGAAAAGCUGAGGAAUGCAUGAAAACAUCAAUGCUCAAAUUGAAAUUGAAACCAGAUUUGGAUGGGGCAGCAGCAGCAAUGGAAAGAGCUGCAGUUUGCUAUAGAAACGCUCAAGAACCUAAAAAAGCAGCCGGAUCGCUUCUAAAAGGUGCUGAAUAUUAUGAGCAAAAUAGAAGUUUCUUUCACGCUGCAAAAGCUCGAGAAAGUGCUGCAAUGCUACUUCGAGAUAUUAAAGAGUUUGAUGAAGCUGUCAAGUUAUUCGAAAGAGCCAUUGAUGGAUACGCAGAGAGCGGAAGCUUGGAUACAGCGGCGAUGACUGUUGAGAAAGCAGCUGAUGUCCUUAAAAAUGACGAUCCUGAAAAAGCUCUGAAGAUUUACGAGAAAGGAUUGUCUCUGGUACAACAAUCAGACAGAGCUAAAAUGGCUAGCAAGUUUUUGAAACAAAUCACGCGUUUGAGAUUACAAGAAGGGAAAUACAAAGAUGCGCUAACAUCUAUUAAAGAUGAAGUCGAGAAAUUUGUGGAAAUUAAGGAAACACCUCGAAUUGGUCAGUUAGGAAUUGCAUUGGUGUUAGUGAAUUUGGCGAUGGGAGAUUCCGUAGCAGCAACGAAAGAUUAUGGAUGGAUUGUUGCGCAAUGCAGCGAUUUCCGUGAGACCGAAGAUGGUCGCGUUUGCGAAUCUUUAAUUGCGCAUUAUGAAAAUGGAGAUGAUGAGCAAUUUCAAACUGUGCUCAAAUGCGGAGUCUUGAGAAGUAUGGAUAAUGAGUAUUUGCGAUUAAUGAAGACUCUUAAAGCUCCUGCUGGAGUGGGAAAUACAGAAGACGGAGAAGAAGACGAAGAUGAUCUUCGCUAA